CAUUGAUGAGAGCACUCUGAAAUCAAACAAGAAACGUGUUCUGAACAUUUUAGUCUGCUACUUCAGUGAAGAGUUAGGUAGAAGUGUAACACACCUGUAUGCAUCAGUGGAGAUGACAGUGGUGAACGCUGACACUGUGUAUUCAGCAGUGAUAAACAAAUUCAAAGAUGAUGACAUUUGUUUAACAAAUAUAGUGUCAGUCCUGUCCGAUUCUGCAGCUUAUAUGCGUGGCAGCAAAAAUGGGUUUCAAGCCAAGUUGAAGGAGUCUGUGCCUGAGAUUCUAGAUAUUGAUGGUGAUGUUUGCCAUCAUCUUCACAACAUUGUGAAAACAUUCAUGACACAUCUAGAUCCAGAAAAUUACACUGCAAAGCUUCUUGGAGACAUUCACAGAGACUUUUCUCUCAGUGCUGAUCUUCGUGAUGAUAUAUGUCAGAUUUCUUCUCUACUUGAAAAGCCUCCCCUCCUUCCAAUUGAAUUUGCUGGACACAGGUGGAUGUCUUUGAUGGAUGCCACCUCUCGACUACUGGACAUCUUGGACCAGAUCACUUUGUUUUACUUCGCCUGGGCACCACAAAACAAGAAAGAGAAGUACUCCAAGAUUGCAACAGAAAUCAUGAAGAAACUGCCUGCAUGGAAAAGGUAUCUGAUCUUCAGCAUUCUGAGAAAACUCAAAGCAAAGAACCUGACUAUGUUUGGGAAGGCAAGGAAAAGCAGAAUUGUGUGCAAGGUCUUUGAGAGUCGAUCAAAGAUGCUGUUUCUCUGCAAAGCUGUCAAGUUUCUAACACCCCUGUUCAAGAACUGUAUUUUGGCACUGGAGAAAGGAAUCCCCAAAGUCCACAAGCUGUAUGACAAAAUUCUGGAGGCCUUCACACAGUUUCUAGCCUGUUAUGUCAAACCUGAAGUCCUGAAUGCUCCAAGAUCCUCUGUUAAGUCGAUAGAUCUGGAAAACAAGGACCAUUACCUUCCUUCCAAGCAGAUGACAGUAGGAAGUGAGAGCAGCUCUCUAUUGAAAGACAUGCCAGACUCAGAUAGGAAGUCAAUGUUAAUGUUAGAGAAAGUCAACAAAGCCUUUGUCUGCACUGGGAUUUAUAUGAAAUCAAAGUUGCCUUUGGAAAACAAAUUGAUCAUAGCCCUUUCUUCCCUGGAUCCAAUUGUCAGAAGACAUUCCACAACCAAAGCUAUGAUGAAAGAGCUUAACAAACUCAUCCACCUCCCUGAAACAGAUGACUUUCUCAGACAACUGAACAGUUAUCACAUUGACAAUGAGCUUCCAGAUGUGGAGGCUUCAUUUAAGCUUGAGCUUGAUGAAUUUUGGAACACAGUCAUCAAAAAGUACCCAGCAAUGACAGACAUGGUGAAAAAAUGCCUCAGUCUCUUUACUGGCCCCAAAGUUGAGCAAAGUUUCAGCCUUCUCAACAAUGUCCUAGAUAGCACCUCAAACAGGAUGGCCAUUUCUACAGCUGAGGCAUAUCAGAGAGUGAAGUAUUUCCUGCUGGCAGAGAAAACCACUAGUGUCAGUCAUUUUUACAGGGAUGACAUCAAGUUCAGCCCAGUAGAUCAGUCUUUGUGCCACCACAUACAGUCAGCAAGAGUCAGGGCCAACAAGAGGGCUGCUGAAGUGAAAAAAACAACACAUUCUGAGUCUGCUCUUGCUAGGGCUGAUGCUGAGAGACAUGCCAUUCUUGGGAUUGUUGGAGCUACUAGUAAGAAGAGGCCAGCUGCUGAUGGAACCCACAAACCAGCAAAAAGAAUCAAGAAGUCUUUAUGACUAGAUCUACAGGUAUGUUGAAGCUCAGUGAUUUUUUCUCUGAUUUUGAUUCAUCCACAGUGAUCCUUUUACACAAUAACACUUCAUUGUGUUUUGUACUUUCUUACCUAUUUUCGUCAAUUUAUUGCGGGUACUAAAGCCGACCGCAGAAAGUUCAGGGGGUUUUUUUUGGCCAUGGGGCAUCCCUGGUAACCCCAGACAAUGCCUUUUGAAAAAUUGAUAAAAUAAACACUAUUUGGAGAAAUUAGAGAUGCAGUUUCUUUUUUUUUUUUUGAGAGCAUUUCUCUCCUUACCGUGAUGCAUUAAAAAAAAUUAUGAUAGCUUUCAGUCUUUUUGUGGUUAAUACAUCUAUAUACCCCAAAAGUGUUGGGUGAAAAAUAGCUCAGGCUCAAGUGAGUUAAUACUAGGGAUAAUCAGACGGGAAAGCAUACCGGAGAAGACAACUCUAUCCGCAGUCUUGGUCACGGUUUGGCAAAAUGUCAUUAAAAAAAGCAUCUGUGCUAAAAUGGCUGCUGUUGUUGACCAGUGCACACAGGUCUUCAUGUGCCAACCUGCAGGAAACUUUUCUCAGUACCAGUAGUAGGUCUACUAGCGUGCCAGUUCACAAAUCUCAGUGAAAGUUGCACUACUGUAAUAAUUGCAAUGCAGAUUUUUAUGCCCACAUCGACACAAAUUAGGAGGUAGUUGGCUUCGAUCCAGCAUGCAAGGCCUAUCCAGGCAGAGAGAAAUGCAACAUUUCAGCAGACGAAGAUAGAGGAUAAAAAAACUCCUGUAACAUUUGAAACAAUCUCAGGUCUUCUGCAUGUAACUGCGAACAGUUUUAUGUUUUAGUUUUACGGCACUUGCAACACAAUAAGGUCAUAU